AUGCCAAUCGGCAUCCAGCGUCUCAAUGCAAAGAAAUCACAGCCUAACCCACACAUUGUCUUCAUCAAGCCUCUCAAAGGAUCAGAUGAGAAAAUUGCCCAAGAUUUCCUUGAGAGAAUUGCAGCCCAAUGUCUUCCGGUGAUGCGGAAACACCACAUUCACGUCACGUCACUGGAGGAAUUUCCGCCCAACAGGGAAUUUGUAGGCCGUAAUUUCAAUGCCGGGGAGGUGAUUCAGCUUGUGCUCAAGUCGCCCGGCAGUGGCCGAUGGCUUCCGUUCAACUAUGUACAGAUGGUGAUGAUGCAUGAGCUCGCUCACUGCGCGCAGAUGAAUCACUCCAGGGCCUUUUGGGCAGUGAGAAAUCAAUACGCCGCACAGAUGCAAACUCUGUGGGCGGAGGGAUACAAGGGAGAUGGACUCUGGGGUAGAGGAGCCAAAUUAGCGACUGGAGAAUGGGAGAGGAACUCUGUUCUGGCGGAUGAAGUGCUGCCGGAGCAUCUCUGCGGAGGCACAUAUCGAUCUCGAGGGAGGAAACGCAAGGCCAAGCCGGUGCUGACUUACCAGGAGAGAAAAGAGAGAAGGAUCCUCAAGAAAUUUGGCAAGAAUGGAGUCGCACUAGGGGCAGACGAGGAGGAAAAAGUGAAGCUCGAGAAAGGCAAACGCGUCCAAGCGAAACCCAGAGUGGCCGGCAGCUUGCGAGGGCGAGAGCUUCGUGCGGCCGCGGCAUUGGCCCGAUUCGAGCAAAGUCGAGACGACGCCCCGAAGAAGGAAGAGGAGGUGGAUGAAGAAGAAGGGUUGAGUGACUACGAAGACGGCGACUUGGCGGAUUCCAAAGCUGCGAUGGAUUUGGACGGAACGAGGAUGACGGAUAAGGAUGGCGGUGAUAUGGUUAAGGUGUGCGAAGAUGAAAAUCCGGAUGAUGCUGAUGCGAAGAACGAGCUUGAUGAAUUACAUGGAUUGUUUGGCAGACGGAAAGUUAAACAGGAAGAGGGUCCGCGACGGUUGAAUUCACACUUGUCAACAAGUCAGGAUUCAGAAAGGGCAGUGGAACUGGAAGAGGAGGAAAGAGAACCGGCAAUCAAACCAGAGGUUUUGACAGAUGGUGGCGCUUCAUCAAGUAUCUUGUCGUCUAUACCACACGUCAAGCCAAAGCACAGCGAAACUAUCAUCAAACCAGAAUCGGAAUCGAAUUCUACGGACCACCAAUCAUUGCUCAAAGCGAUAUCAACGCCUGAAACAACUACUGCCACCACUACUGCCACCACCACCACGGCGAUAAAUACACAAGAGAGCUCAAGCAGUAGCACUACAUCAACAUUAGCAUCAACCGAUUGCUCGAUGUGCUCCUUUGCAAACCCUCCUUUGGCCAUCACAUGUGCCAUGUGCGCAAACGUCCUCGACCCAAAACACACGAGCGGCUCAUGGCAGUGCGAGGGCACGUCAUGCGCAGCCACGGCGUACCGGAAUGCGAGGGACUGCGGCGUGUGCGGGUUGUGUGGAAAGAGACGGGAAUGA